AACACCCAGUAGAUGCAGCAGCAGCAAAGCAGAAGCAACAGCCGAUGGAACGCUUCCGGUUCAGGUUCAGGAGGUCUCCUCUGCUCUCGCUGAACCUGAAGCUGGCCUUCGCCGUCUCCCUCGGCCUCGGCGUCUCCUUCGCCGUCUCCUCCUCCUCCUCUUCCGCCCUCCCUUCCCCGCCGCCUUCUCCGCAGGCCGUAGCCGCCGACCUCCUCGCCGUCCUCGCCGGCCCGCGCGCCGCGUCGCGUGUGCCGGCUGGCGAGGCGUCGCGCCUGCGGUCCUGCCUCCGGUUCCUCUCCCCGGCCAGCGCCUCCGCUGUAUCCAGGGAGUCUCCCCCCUGGAGGGGCUUCCGGAAGGUUCUCCUCGAAGGCUGCGACGACGAUGCGGCUGAGGCGGAUGGGUUGGUGAUGUGGCCGCCGGCGCCGGUCAUGGAGCUGGCGCGCCUGGCCGUCGACUCCGGUGGCAACCCUGGCGCGAUCCACCACGCGCUCGACCCCACCAUGCUUCCGGUGCCAGAUAUUGAGGGAUCGAAGAAGAACAAAUGUCAUCUCACAAGAACACCAUAUGGAAGGCGUUUUGCUAACCAGGAAAUCAAUUCAUACUUAGCCUUUUUGUUUGAGUUGAUUGCCACACGAGGACCAUCUGUUGGAUUAAAUGUAUCACUGAAUCGGUAUGAUUUGUUCCAUGGGCAUCUUUUCCUGGCAUCUGGGACAGGAAGGCUUGGAAUUUUGUUCCAUGCUAAGGAAUAUCCAGCAUUUGACAAGGAACUAUUCCCUUACAAUUUGGGUUAUUGCCAGGCAGGAUCUGAUGUACCAUAUGACGAUUCUAUGAAUUUACGUAAUAUCCUUUGGUUAGCACCAUUGCCAUCCAGCGAGACGAAAGCUUGGUUAGCACCAGGAGUUUUAGUUAUCCUGGAUGCACAUCCUGAUGGAAUUAUUUAUCAGGAUAUGAUACGCGACUAUGUUCAAAUCGUACGAACAAUAUACGAAGACAUUUAUGCAGAUGAUUUUGGAGAGCUUGCAGUUGAUGUCAAUUACCUGAAUGUUGCCAACGCAGCUCCCGCUGAUAGAAUUUUUAUUUGCUGACGCGACAGCCCUCCAUUUGGAUUUUUCACGCAUUGUGAUUUCCUCCCUGGGAAACAAACACCAGAAGACCAGACGUAUCCAUCUAAGUACCCUCUGUAUAUUCCACGUGUUCAUUUAGGAGACCGUUUCAGAUGUUUCUCUUAUUGGAUGUACUUGAGGAAGCAGUUUUUCAUACCGUCAUAAAUUCAUUUGGUUGUAGCACCUUGUGUAUUUAACCGGUUUCACUUACACGAUGGUGUUUGUUUUGGCUUGAGUACUGGAUGUGAGGGCUAUGCUGCAA